AUGCAUUGCAAUGUGAACCAUGUAUUUCUAGAUGAAAGACUGAAUGAUGACUUGUUAUUUGAUGACUGUGUGGGGAACGAGGGCAUGGCGUUCGAGGUGUCCCACCCAGACUUCCAAGUUGAUGAGGAGAUGAACCUGGUGGCCAGACGGGACGUGAUUGACAGCGGCACCGUCAUGUUCAUCCAUGGUGUCAAUGAGCAUGCUGAGGAUAUGGCACAGGUGGACAUUGUAGGAGCUCUACCCCGUCAUGAAAACUCCAAAGAGGCACUGAAAGUACCUCUGGGUCUUCCUUUCCUGUAGCGAUCAAAGAGAGCCCUGUUCGCCCCCCGCAUGCAUGUCAGUGAGAACAUGGAGCCGCCAUUCCCGAAAGUCAUUGGCACGGUGAUGUCGUCAGGCAUGGAGGAUGACCACAUCUUCCAUAUGACUGGGUCGGGUGCAGAUCAGGACCCAAAGGGGGUGUUCACCAUCAACAGGCUGACUGGAGAGGUGUCUGUUAGCCAAGAGCUGGACAGAGAGGCCAUCAAUUCCUACAUGCUGGAGGUGUCUGUGACAGACCUGAAUGGGAAGCUGGUGGAGGGUCCUGUAACCCUGCUGGUGGACGUCAACGACCAGAAUGACAACAGGCCCAUCUUCAAGGAGACCCGCUACGCUGGGGAGGUGCUGGAGGGCUCACCUACAGGAACCGUGGUGAUGACGAUGACAGCGGAGGAUGCUGAUGACCCCAGGUUGCAGAACGCGGUGCUGCGCUACAACAUUGUGAGGCAGUCGCCCGACAAACCCUCACCCAACAUGUUCUACAUCAACCCAGAGAGCGGCAACAUUGUCACUGUCAUCUCCCCCACGCUGCUGGACAGAGAGACACUCCCCACUACGCAGUAUGAGCUGGAGAUCGUAGCCCAGGACAUGAAGGGAAGAGACGUGGGACUAACAGGAACAUCCACGGCAACCAUCACCAUCACAGACAAGAACGACCAUGCCCCAGAGUUCACCCACUCACUGUUCCAGGCCAAUGUGGAUGAGGGCUCCACAGGGGUGGUGGUCAACCUGACUGUGGACGACAGAGAUGACCCUGCGACGGGGGCGUGGCGAGCCGUCUACUCCAUCAUCAACGGUGACCCCACCCAGAGCUUUGAGAUCCAAACCAACCCUGACAACAAUGAGGGCAUGCUUUCCCUCAUCAAGCCUCUAGACUAUGAGAGCUUAGUGUUCCACACGCUGCUGAUCAAGGUGGAGAACGAGGACCCCCUGGUGCCAGAUGUGGGCUACGGCUCCAGUUCUACAGCCACCGUACACAUCACCAUCCUGGAUGUGAACGAAGGACCCGUCUUCUUCCCCGACCCCCUCCAGGUAACCAAGAUGGAGAACGUACCCCUGGGAAGCUUCGUGGCCUUACUCAAUGCCACCGACCCAGACGUCCUCCAAUCACAGAGCAUCAGGUUUGCAGUUCUGAGAGACCCGGCUAACUGGCUUAGUGUGAACCCGGUUAGAGGUACGGUCAACACCUCUGCCAAUCUGGACAGAGAGUCGCCUUACGUUCAAGACAACAAAUACACUGCCAUCUUCAUGGCCACAGACAACGGUAGCCCACCAGCCACUGGUACUGGCACUCUGGUCAUCCACCUGGAGGACUACAAUGACAAUGCUCCCUACGUUCACCCAUCUGUGGUACGGGUGUGUGAAGACGCCAAGGACAGUGUGGUGAUAGUGGGGGGACGGGACAGGGACAUCCACCCCAACACUGGGCCCUUCAAGAUCGAGCUGGGGAAACAGCCAGGGCUGGAGAAGACGUGGAAGGUCUCCAGGGUCAACAACACACAUGCUCAGAUCAUGCUGCUACAGAAUAUGAAGAGGGCCAACUACCAGUUGCCUCUGGUGGUGACAGACUCUGGACUGCCUCCGCUCUCCAACAGCACCGAGGUCAAGGUCCAGGUGUGCACCUGUAAGAAAAACAGAAUGGACUGCAGUGGUGCUGGCUCUGAACGCUCCAACCUGAUGUUGCUGCUGGGACUAGUCCUGCUCUCCCUACUCUUGUUUGUCUCAGAGGCCGAGAUGAGCUCUGUGGGAUUUUAUAAGCGGCUAGAGAUCUGA